AUGAGGGCGAGGCAGCUAGUCUCGCUGCUUGCUGCGGUGUCGCUUGCCGUCUUGACCAUCAGCUUUCUGCGGCGAUCUUCCGACCUCACGUCUACUUUCAGAUCACACUCACGUGGCGAUGCCGCACCAGUCUCAACGGAGACACCUAACGAACCCUUUCAGCCGAUCAGAAUUGGAUCCACGAGGGCGCACCCCGUCGACCAGCUCGUGAGAGAUGCGGAGGCCGAUUUCGAGAAGCUACUGGCAAGACAAUCGAAGACACUAGCGGACGCUGUCGCGGAAUAUCGCCGCAGGUACCAGCUACCGCCUCCUCCUAACUUCGACCGAUGGUACGAGUUCGCGAAGCGAAAAGGGGUGCAGCUUAUCGACGAAUACGACACGAUAUACCAUUCGCUACUACCGUUCUGGGCGCUUGAGCCAGCUACGAUACGGGCUCGGGUUAGGGAAGCAUUGGGACAUGCGGACAAUGCCCUGAUUGGACUGUUGAUACGGGACGGGCAGGCUGUCAAAAUCCAGGGCGGAUCGGAGUGGCAACAGCAAGCGACGCUCGGCAUGAUCAACCAGACUUUCCAGCAUCUCCCGAAUAUGGAUCUGGCGUUCAACAUACACGACGAGCCGCGGGUCGUCGUCCCUCAUGACGAGUUGGCUCAGAUGGUCAAGCUAGCCCGGGAGAAGCGCAUGCCCGCAGCUUUUGCCAAUACGGCACCGAAGAAUGCGUUUUCAAGCAAGCCUAAAGACAUGAACAAUGGCAAAAGGAUAGACGAAGUAAAGACAACAAGGUUCAACCACUUCGCGCACCAAGCAACCUGGAUACCCUCCCGCAUGUCCUGCUCGCCCAACAGUCCCGCCCGAAGCUUCGACGACGCAGCAGCGGACAACCUGACCUCCUACGCUCUGGGCGACCUAGGCUUCGUCUACAACCAGACCGCAUUCUCCGACAUCUGCAUGUCACCGUCCCUAAGCAAAACCUACGGCUUCUUCGACCGUCCCAACGCCUUCAACCUCGUCCAAGAGCUCUUCCCGAUCUUCUCCCAGAGCAAAAUCAGCAGCUUCCAGGACAUCCUCUACCCAAGCCCCUGGUACUGGUACGGCAAAGUGCCCUACGACGCCCACCGCGACGAGGACUGGGAAACCAAAACCAACGCCCUCUACUGGCGCGGCUCGACGACCGGCGGCUUCAGCCGGAACGGCGGCUGGCGGCGUCAACACCGCCAACACUUCGUUCGCAAGAUCAACGCGCCCGACAAGGCGCAGAUCCUCAUCAACCGCGGCGCGGCCGACGCGCCAGACUGGCAGCCCAAGGAGGUCAGGCGGAGCGACUACGCCGCGCUCAUCGACGUCAAAUUCUCGCACGUCGGACAGUGCGACCCAGGCGACUGCGACGCGCAGCGGAACUUCUUCGAGAUCGCGGAACCCGCUGAUCAGCAGGAUGCGUGGAAAUAUCGGCACCUCCUCGACAUAGACGGGAAUGCUUUCAGCGGCCGGUUCUACGCAUUUUUGAAGAGCAAGAGCUUGGUGUACAAGAUGGCGAUUUUUCAGGAGUGGCACAAGGACUGGCUGAAGCCGUGGGUGCAUUACAUUCCGUUGAGUUUGAGGGGGGAGGAGUGGUUGGAGGCUGUGAGAUAUUUCUCGGGCGAGGAUGAGGGGAAGAUGCAGGCGCCGAGGCUGGCGAUGCAGGGGAGGAUGUGGGCGGAGAAGGCGCUGAGGAAUGAGGACUUUGAGGUGUGGUUCUUUAGGCUGCUGCUUGAAUAUGGCAGGAUUAUCGACGACAAUCGGGAGAACAUAGGGUAUCCCGGCCCGUGA